AAUAAGGGGGUAGCCCCAGCCAGUGGAAGGUUCCAGCGUCCUGACUCCCCACCCAAACUCACUACAUCCAGGGGCAGAGCUAGAUGGCACCUACUUUUUACCAUUAUUGGCCUGUGCCCAUGACUGAUAAAUCAGAGUCAAUGCUGGAAAGUCAGAGGCUGGGGAGGCUGGGGUGUCUGGGUAUCUUGCUGAUCCCGGUGGUGGUGGCUCUGUUAGUGGCCGUGAUCACCCUUGGGAUCAGAGUCAACAGCAAAGCCUGCAAGGAUGGCCUCCUGGCAGAGCAGGAGUGUCGCAAUGCCACCCGCCUCCUGGAGCUCCGGCUGACCCAAACCCAGCAAGACUUACUGGAGACCAUGGACCAGGCUGCCACCUGUAACCAGACUGCGAUGAACCUGUCUGCUUCCCUGGAAAAGGAGAAUGCCCGGGGUCAGAAGCAGCUCAUUCGAGAAAAGGAGCUUCAGGGAGAGAUUGAGAAAUUGAAGCAGGAGCUGCAGGAUGCUUUGGAGAAGGUGGAGCGACUAAGGUCAUGGUGCCCCUCAUUCUCGGUUAAUAGACCACCACGGGACGCCUGGUUGGCUCAGUCGGUGAAGCGUCUGCCUUCGGCUCAGGUCAUGGUCUCCAGGUCCUGGAAUGGAGUCCCUCAUCAGGCUCCCUGUUCAGCGGGGAGCCUGCUUCUCCCUCUUCCUCCACCUGCCGCUCCCCCUUCUUGUGCUCUCUCUCUGAUAAAUAAAUAAAUAAAAUCUUUAAAA